AUGGCUUCCAAGUCUCGUCACGAAGAAAGCGAGGUUGCUCCUCCCAAGGACCAACUCCACCCUGUGAGGUGGUACCGCUCCACAUUCUUCAACAUCACCAUCCUGGGUCUCUGCAACUUUGCAGCUCCCGGUAUCUGGACGGCCAUGAACUCGCUAGGUGCUGGUGGUGCAGCCUCGCCUAAGCUGGUCAACGCUGCCAACGCCUUGACUUUUUGUCUCAUGGUUCUGUCGUGCUACUUUUCGAGUACGCUGGUUCGGUACAUCGGUAUCAAGGGAGCCUUGAUCUUCGGAACAGUUGGAUAUGCCCCUUAUGCAGCAGGCUUGUACACCAACAACAGGUUCGGAACCGAGUGGCUGACCCUACUCGGUGCUGCCCUCUGCGGUAUCUCUGCUGGAGUCUUUUGGAUGGCCGAAGCUGCCAUUGCCAUCGCAUACCCCGAGCCCUGGAACCGUGGAAAGGCUCUCGGCUACUGGCUCACCUACCGCCUCUCGGGCCAGAUCCUGGGCGGUGCCAUCAACCUCGGCCUCAACGCUGACCGCAACGAGGCUGGCAAGGUCUCGUAUACCGUGUUCCUUAUCUUUAUCGCCAUCCAAGCCGCUGGUCCUUUCGUUGCUUUCCUUCUCAACAAGCCUCACCAAGUGGAGCGGACCGACGGCAAGAAGGUGGACUUGUCGAUUGAGCAAAGCCCCGUGUUUGAGCUCAAGGAGACUGGAAGACUCUUCUUUACUAAGAAGUUUCUCCUGAUUGUUCUCUUCAUUGGUCAAGCUGUUUUUGCCGAGGCCGUCUUUUUCACCUACCUCUCAUUGUGGUUCUCUGUGCGAGCUCGAGCUCUUGGAUCCUUCCUGGGUGGUCUGAUUGCCGUCAUUGCUGGCAACUUUCUUGGAAGUUGGCUUGAUCGAGUUACCGUCUCCCUCAAGACCAGAACCCGCUCCUCUUUCGCUGUCAUCGCCACUCUGCAGGGAGGCUGGUGGAUCUGGGCUACGAUCCUCGCGACUAGGUUCCGCCACACGAGGCCUACCUAUGACUGGAGCAGCGAUGGAUUCGGCGCGGCGUUUGCUGUGUUUGUCUUCCUGACUCUGGGCUUCCAGCUUAACUACCUCUUCUUGUACUUUAUCAUCCACAACUUGGCCGACACCCAGGACGAAAUCAUCCGUUACUCUGCCCUUCUCCGAGGUACCGAGUCGGCUUGGCAGGCAGUCAGCUACGGCAUCACUUCCAUUCCGGUGUUUGCCGAGGUUGGAGGUAUCUAUUUCAACUUUCUACUCUGGGGUCUUUCGCUGUUCCCUGCGUGGUUGGUGCUGAAGCACUUUGGUUCAUCUGCCCGCUCGUCAGAGGAAGCUCCCAUUCCCCAAGUUGUUGAAAGCCAGAAUGAUUAUUCGGGUUCUGGUGAGGAGACUGAGCAGGUCAAGAAGGAAUAG